AAAAGCUGCGCUUUGCUCCCUUCGAAUGUAUUUUUCCUUUCCGAGCUGAAAGGACCGUGCGUGGACUCCGCUUCUGUGGAUUAUUUGAGUUCCUUUUCGGAUAAAACGACAAGUGGAAUAUCGAGUAAAUCGAGGAGCGAACUCCGGGUCGAUGAGAGGAGACGCGCAGCCGGAGAGAAGCUCCCCGCUGACAUAAGAGAGUGAGGAGAUUACAGGAGGAGCGCAGAGGAGACUAACCACGCACGGGCUCCUUUAUCCUGCUGCUCCGGAGCCAUGAGUCGCGUGCUGACGGAUCAUAUCGUUAGUAGUUUCCGAGAGGAUGCUCCUCGCCCCCCGGUGCCGGGAGAGGAGGGCGAGGCGCCCUGCUGCCGCGGCAAACCCUCCGCGAUGAAAGCCCCGGAAUCCCCCGCAUCUGUCCCGCCCGGCUCCUCCGCGAGGAGGAACGAGGAUGGUCUCGGGGAGCCGGAGGGGAGCGCCUCCCCGGAUUCUCCUCUGUCCCGGUGGACCAAGUCUUUGCACUCUCUGCUCGGGGACCAGGACGGCGCACUGCUUUUCAGGACAUUCCUGGAGCGGGAGAAGUGCGCGGACACUUUGGACUUCUGGUUCGCCUGUAACGGUUUCAGGCAGAUGGACCUCAAGGAUCCCAAAACGCAGAGAGUCGCCAAAGCAAUUUACAAGCGCUUCAUCGAAAACCACAGCAUCGUGGCCAAACAGCUCAAACCUGCGACCAAAACCUUCAUCCGGGAUAAUAUCAAAAAACACAUCGAUUCUGCCAUGUUCGACCAGGCUCAGACAGAGAUCCAGAGCAACAUGGAGGAGAGCGCCUACCAGAUGUUUCUGACCUCUGACAUUUACCUCGAGUACGUGCGCACGGGGGGAGAAAACACGAACCACGUCAGCUCAAACGGGCUGGGCGACCUGAAGGUGGUGUGUGGAUACCUGCCCACGCUCAAUGAAGAGGAGGAGUGGAGCUGUGACUUCAAAGCCAAAGCCCUGGUUGGUUUCUCCUCUAAGAAACACAGGAGCCCCGUGUCUAUGAGGGUGGUGGAGAUAAUGGAGAGAGGAUACAGGUCGUACAAGAGAGCAGACGCCUUUAGCUCCUGCCAUGCGGGCUCCUUCGCUCCUGUCAGCAGCACCAAUGACAGCGAGGUGUCCAGUGACGCCUUGACAGACGACUCCAUGUCUAUGACUGACAGCAGCGUAGAUGCCAUCCCUCCAUACAAACUGGGCUCCAAGAAACAGCUGCAGAGGGAGAUGCAGCGCAACAUAAGAAUGAACAGCCAGGUCUCUCUGCCUGCUUUCCCUCGCACCCGUCGUCCUCCCAAAGAGAUGGCACCAAUGGAGCCAGCAGAGUUUGCAGCCCAGCUUAUUUCUCGUUUGGAAAGCCUGAAGAGAGAGCAGGACACCAUCAGCUCACUGGAGGAGAGGUUACAGCAGAUCCAGGAGGAGGAGGAGAGAGAUGAUGCAGAGAUGAUGGGAAGUGCCCCCCAGCUUUCACCCCACCCUUUGACCUUCCUCCCUGGCUCCUCUGAUGAGGAUCCUCAAGCUAUUUUGGAUGAGCACCUCUCUCGGGUCCUCAAGACUCCCGGCUGCCAGUCUCCUGCUGUUUUCCGCCAGUCACCUCGCUCCCGUUCCCCAGAGCAAAGGCCAUUUGCCCAGACCAGCUUUGGAAUCAAGGCCUUGGUGAGGACAGGGCCCUCCAGUUCAUCAGCUUCCGGUCCCGAUCAAGCAAGCUUCAUGCUGGCUUUGGGCCCCAGCAGGGCCAUGGUUAGCCGUCACAGCACAAAGCAUAUCCAUCACCACUACAUCCACCAUCAUGCCAGUCCCAAGACUAAGGAGCAGAUUGAAAGGGAGGCAGCACUCAGGGUGCAUGGCCUGUGCUCCAGCAGUGGUGACUGUCAGCCGUGUCCACCUAACCAGCGGAGCCGCAGUUUGGGGAGGGAGAUGUGUGGAGCCGCAUCAGCAGACCUCAGCAUGGGACGCUCCAGCUCUCUGUCCAGGCGUGUGUGCCGGUCCGGGGCUGAGGAUGGUGUAGCAGAGACGUGCAUAGAUGAUUGUGGGCCCCUGCAGCUGCCCAGCGACACCACCAACCCCUCACAGAAUGUCUGGCAGUGGAUUCUGGAAAGUGAACGACAGGGAAAACACAAGCCUCACAGUGCACAGACUACCAAGAAAUCCUUUGGCGCAUCAUCCACUCAGACGCACACGUGGGGCGGUGGUGGAAGUUGUGGCCACCUACGCAGCCAUCAGCCGGCCCAUCCCUUCGUCCAGGACCCUGCAAUGCCUCCACUGCCGCCUCCCAACACUCUGGGAACACUGGAAGAGGCCUGCCGCAGACUGGAGGAGGUCUCCACCAAAACCACAAAGCAAAGACAUUCUUUGUCCAAUCUUCACAGAGAGAAGAGCCACCUAGUGCCUGUCCAGGGUGGAGGUUCCGUCCCUCUGCCUCCAGUCAAUCCCAGCCCUGUUGGCCUCUUCACAGCCGGCCCCGCUCUCCAAUCAGAACAGAUGAAGGAGUGCAAGAAGGGGAAUAGCGGGGAGACGGUGGUCACAUAUUUCUUCUGUGGUGAGGAGAUCCCCUACCGAAGGACCAUGAAGAGCCACAGUCUCACGCUGGGUCACUUCAAGGAACAGCUCCGCAAGAAGGGCAGCUACAGGUACUACUUCAAGAAGGCCAGUGAUGAGUUCGAGUGUGGUGCCGUGUUUGAGGAGGUGUCAGAUGAUGGUUCCCUGCUGCCAACAUAUGAGGGCAAGAUCCUGGGCAAGGUGGAGAGGAUGGAGUGAAAUCCACAGCCACGCCUGCCUGGAUUUACUUGCUCAUACACAAAGCACAGCUGGUGUGUCCUUUAAGCUAAAGAUGGUCAGACUGGAGGUGUUGCUGGCAGGAUGUCGUCCAUGUGGACUAGACGAGAAACAGAUAACAGGACUCAGGUGAUCGGGCCGCCGUGAAGUGACGACAGCGAUGGACUCUGAAAUAUGUUUCCUGAAAACUCCAGAGACUCUUGAGAUGAAGACCACUCGUUAAAGAAGCUGGGUUCCGAUGUGAUUCCCCGCCCCUGCCAGCGCCUGUCAACAGGCGCCCGCUAGCAUCCUGCUAAUAUGUAUACGCAGAUAUACAUGUAGAUUGCUUUUUAUUGUGACGGUCGUAUUGUUGUGUAAAGAGUUCUAUUGCUAUUUAUUGGAAUGAUCCAUUUUCCGACCCCGUUAUUUUUCCAUGGACAAGCUGCUUGAAUAUGGAGGAACUACUCCAGUUUCCCACAUGGGAACAUUUUCAGUUCUUGAGCAAAUUGAUUAAUUUUGGGCCCGUCAUUUUGAACUGUAGACUUAAAAAAAUAAAAUAGAAAAAAAUACCUCUUUAAAAACUGCUCCCAUUCCCAGAGAUUUGGCGGGACAUCUUUGAAGCUUUGAGACCGGCUCUCUUGUCGGGAAGAUUUUGAUAAUAUAUUUACUACUGUAGUGUCCCCGUUCACUCUGAAGGGCCCCAAAUGCACCAUGAAAAGGAGAGAGAAACACUAUUAAUGUUUAAUUCCAGACUCUGGAAGUGAGCCCAGCUAGCCUUGAUCUGUCGCGUCUUAGUGCCUUUGUUUCAGCAGCGCAGGCGUCGCACAAAUAGCCUGUGUUUUUUGGUUUGGGUUUGGGUUUUGUUUUUUUACUGAGAAGAACCGGUCCUGAGCCAAUUCUCAAGUUCCCAAAAUGUGUUUACAUCAAUAUUCUUCCAACAGAAGCUCUAUAAUGUGCUCCCAAACCCGUGUGAGUAGGAUUACCUAACGCUGAUCAUGACGGUGAAGACUGACACUAUGUCCGUAGUGUUUUAACUGAGUACAGUAGCUGUGCCUACAUGGAUUCCGUGUUUUGCCCAGUUUCAGGGUCUUAUUACUCCCUUGGUUUUUACAAGGGGCCUUAUGUUAAAAAAAAGAUAUUUUUAUGCUUUUUAGUAUUCAUUUCCUCAUAUUUGUUUUAUAAUAUUUUUCAUGGCUUCUUCAGCUCCACUUGUAAACUGUAAAUUAUGCGUUCUAUAGAGUUCAGUUGAAAAGAUGCCUCGGUACUUUAAUUAUUGUAAUUAUAAAAGAGAUGUAGCCUUUAUUAAAAUGUUCUAUUUUUCAAAUUA